AUGCCAUCUCGGCAAGUCUCUCGUUUGAGCCAUUAUGGCUCCCCAGAAGCCACAGCCGUUACGGCCUCCGAGUCAGAAGCCGACCUUGGCAGCCCAGGCGUCGUCGGCUAUUCAGCUGGCGAGGCUACCCGGAUCGGUCCGGAAAGCUGGAUACGUCCCCGCUUGCGAACCCUGUCGGAAGCUGCGCUUUCCGAGUUGAUAGCCACGUUGCCGUAUUUUGACGCGUUGGGGUUGUUUGAGAUGUUUCGAAAGAUGCCAAGAAACAAAUUUGCAUCCUCUUCAAAUGCUGAUACACCAGAGUCCUCGGAUUCAUCCUCUUCAAAAUCACCGCCUUCGUGGACACCGCUUCCUGCGCAGCCGCCUUCGCCGGUGCGGUACAAUCUCGUGGGGAGUCUUUUGCCGCCUGCGUCGAAUCCGAUGGAGCAGGAGCUUAUGGUUCGGCAUCCGAUUGCGUAUCCUAUCUUGAUGCCGAUUGCUGUUAAGUCUUUGCCUCUGGAGAUGCUUCUGACUCCACGGAAACCUGAGAUGCUGGGAGGUCGACUUCAGCUAAAUGAUGUGAAUUCGCCAGAAUCGGCCGAGGCGCUUCCCACGAACAGUAACGACGAUGAGGGACUUGAUGGCUGGUGUAAAAACCUGUCGCAUCUGUCCCGAUCACACAUUAAUCUUCUUCAUCAAGUCGACAUAACAUGCUGGACAGAAUUGCCGAUCCCUAACGACGUUGCAAUCCGGGUGAUUGCACUUUAUCUCAACAACGACUAUCCAGUCUUUCCACUCUUUAACGCUGAUUUAUAUCUCAAAGACUUUUCUCAGAAUCGACCGUACUUUUGUUCUCGAUUGCUGGUUUCGGCUCUUUUAGGAUGGGCCUGUCAAGCUUACACGUCCUUACACCCCAAAGCAGCAUCCUGGAGCUCGCUCUUCUUUCUUGAGGCCCAGGCUCAAUGGAACCAACUGGGCUACCAUGAGUCUGUCACUUUGUCAAACAUAUCUGCACUACAGCUUCUAUGCAUGACGGCCGUGACGCAUGGACAGGAUGAACUGGCGUUGAUGUUUCUGAAAAAAGGUCUCGAGCUGGCGAGGAUAAUGGGUCUGUUGAAUGUCGAUCCACAAUCUCAGUCUGCCUCAGCCUGGCUUCAGGGCUAUCCGGAUUGGCAGAAGGCGGCUUCGUAUACGGCAUGGGGCAUUUUCAAUUGGGCCUCUCUAUUUGCGCUACACUAUCAUCAAAUCGAAGUCGAAACUCCACCCAGGCUGAUGAUGCCUGGCGAUAUCGACCUUGCCCUUGCUGGUCAGGAGGGUGUUGCAACCACACUACCAGAGGACGUCAAGGGCUUUCGUGCCAUGUGCAAACUGUGGACAAUAUUUGUCCCCGUAGCCAGGAUUUACUACGGCCCCGACCUAGAAAACUUCUUAAAUCAGACCGCAGCUCUCGAAUAUGUCGAAGGUACAUACCGCCAACUACUUGCUUGGGCAGAUGGGUUGCCCCUUCAACUGGUCCGACAGCCAGGUAGCAGCCAUGCUGUUUAUCUCAUGCAUGUUUUCUUUCACGCCAUAGUUACAGAUCUUUUCAGACCCUUCUUACGUUGCCCAGACCUCUCGUCCACUCCACUGCAAACAUUCGCUGCAGACCGCGCAAAUCCUUGGGCGGUGUACCACGUAUCAAUCCGUCAAAUGAAGCGCCUCCUACUGUCAUACCGCCUUGAAUUCCAACUCGAAGCUCUUUCUGUUAUCUGGCACACUGGUGUGAUAUAUGUCGCCAAUGCAACCAUACGAACAGACUACCACAACAAAGACGAGAUGCAGUUUUUCGUGAACCUCUGCGUAGCGGGUCUUGAAGAACUGUUCAUGUCGUACAAGGUCUUCGGCUUCAUAACUAAGGGUUUCAUGCGAAUGGCGAUUCGGCAGGGCAGCAUAGAGCAGACUCAAGUACGUCGUGUGAAGAGACGGCUGAAAGAUACUGAGCAACGAUUCGUGACUGAUGAUCGGAGUACGGAUGAGAUAAUGGCCAGGUGGAUGGUUGAUUUAGACCUAGCGGUGACGGAUUCCGUUGGGGCGCAGGGCGGUAGACUUGCAAAUGAGCUUGAUCGGAUGAGUGAGAUUGCUUCUGAUGAGGGCGAGUAG